AUGGCGUCAAACAAGGGGUUCUCAUUGUUCUUUCUGCACCAUAACCCCACUGGAAGUCCACCGGACGAUAGGCAGCUAAAUGCUGCAGCACGAGCUCAUGUAUCGCGGCAAGCUCUGAAGAACAGGUCCGCGCGGCCAAGAAACCUCAAGUUCGUAUCUUACACCCCGGAGACAAUGCGUCAUGGUGAUGGCUCUGGUCCCUCCACCAGACCCAACGAUACCUAUGGCGAAGAGCGCCAAGUAUCAGCCAUCGCUGACAGAGAUCGUGGGGUAACUGAUCCGGCGAGUCGGCGCAUGUCAUCCUGUCCACUCAGGCCUGCCGGUUGGGACCCAUUCCACUCUUUCGCAAUGUCUGGGAUGGGACGAGACGAGCAUCUGAUGCUCUAUUACGCGUUCACCACAACUUGGCCCCAAUUUGGAGAAUUUGAGAGCGGAAGGCGUAACUUCGCGCAAUCGUGGUUAUGGCGUACUCUGGAGUCCCCUGCGGCAUUUUAUGCCGGGCUCAUGGGGUCUGCCACACAUUACACCAUUUUUUGCCCGACUGCGAGAAUACAAAAUCGCAUCCUCGCGAUGGGACUAAAGUGGAAGAUCCAGGCUAUUAGAGCUGUUCGAUCUCUUAUCGAGCAGCACCAAUCCGGUUCUCCUAGAGAAUUCACGAAUAGCGAUCUUCUCGCCAUCUUUGUCCUUGCUAUCCAUGGUAGCAUCAAUUUUUCAGACGAACCGGAGCCGCACCCGUUGUCGCCCUUUGCUACAUACCGCCACAUGCAUGUCUACGGCCGGUUGCAACCUGGCAAGGAGCAUAUGAACGCCAUUUAUUACAUCGUCGACCAGAAAGGUGGAAUAUCGAAUAUCGACCAGCAUGCCUUUGGCUUCGUUUUGCCUAUCCUCGAUAUGCUUUACAAUGCGCGGCUAGACACUCCACCUAGGUACCCAUGUUCGCGCCAGCUGAAGCCAAUGGUUCAAGAAGGUCUAUGGGCCCCGGAUUUGGAAGCUCAUCAAAAGCUCAAGACCUUAGGCGAGUGCUUCCGGACAAGCCCUGAUGCAUCUUUGCCCACGGCUCCCUAUCUGGAACCCAAGAUGGUCAAGCUCCUCGAAGUCAUGGCAGAAGUAACUGUGGCCCUUGACCAUUAUUGCCGCCGCGGACCUGGAGCACCGGAUUCCCUUGAUGUGUUGGCUAAUAACUGCGAUUGGGCAUCGCAUGCCAUUCUGUCUCUGCCUCCCUACAUCCCGUUGGCCAUGUCUCGAAGCGACCUAGACCAGCAGCCGGAUAUUGAUACUACUACUAUCCUUCAUGAGAUAUGCCGACUUUGCACCCUUCUCUACCACGAUAUGGUCCUUCUUCCAACUCCCCCACAUACAGGAACCAAGUUACGCCACUCGACCAGAGUUUUAUGCUUGAUCCAAGUUAUACAGCGAAAAGACCCUAUAGAAGACCUCCGUGCCUUUGAUUUUUUAACUUGGGCCAUGGUUAUAGGCGGAAUCGCCGCAAGGUUCACAAAGCUUCAAGUCUCAUAUAUCAAACUCAUUGAAAAGGUUGCACGAGACACAGCAUGGGAAGUGAUUCAUCCCCGAUGGGAGAGAUAUUUAUGGUUUAACACUUUUGCCUUGAGGAACGAAAGGACUAUGGCCCCAAAUACGGAUAUCGCAACGCGUGCCUUGAUCGUCACUCUCAAGGCUCCCUGCAGCGGCAAGACCACUGCUGAGGUAGCUGAAAUCACGGGACUUUCGGUCCGUCAAGUCAACCGUAUCUAUGCACGAGCGAUCGAGCGAGGGUUUAACCCUAUCACCUAUAAAAACCAUCGGUUAAGCUAUCAAUAG